UCUUUCACGGGACUCUUUCAAAACCAACAACAACAACAACUGUACCUGGUGUGUGUAGCUAUAUCAAACACCGUUUGUUUCUCGAGAAAAAAAAAAAAAAAACCCAGUAUCUGAUCUUAGAAAAUGGCAGGAAUUGUGGUGGUUUUCGACUUCGACAAGACGAUUAUCGACUUGGAUAGCGAUAAUUGGGUUAUUGAUGAGUUGGGUGCCACUGAUUUGUUCAAUCAACUCCUCCCUACUAUGCCUUGGAACUCCCUCAUGGAUAGGAUGAUGAUGGAGCUUCAUUCACAAGGGAAAACCAUUGAUGACGUCGCAGAGGUACUCAAACGGGCUCCGAUUCAUCCCCGGAUCGUCCCUGCUAUCAAAGCAGCUCAUGCUUUAGGGUGUGAUUUGAGGGUAGUAAGUGAUGCAAAUCUCUUCUUCAUUGAGACAAUUUUGAAUCAUCUUGGUCUAAGAGAUUGUUUUGCUGAAAUCAACACGAAUCCGAGCUAUGUCGAUGAAGAAGGAAGGCUAAGGAUCUUCCCAUACCAUGAUUUCCAUUCAUCUCCCCAUGGCUGCAAUCUCUGCCCUCCAAACAUGUGCAAGGGUCUGAUAAUGGAGAGAAUACAAGUUUCUGUAGAGGGGAAGAAGAAAUUCAUCUAUCUCGGUGAUGGAAAAGGCGAUUUUUGCCCGAGCUUAAAGCUGAGAGAAGGAGACUAUGUGAUGCCAAGGAAGAACUACCCGGUUUGGGAUUUGAUUUGCCAAAAUCGCGCUCUUGUCAAGGCAGAGAUCCAUGAAUGGAGCGAUGGGGAAGAGCUCGAGCGUGUCUUGCUCCAACUUAUCAACAUGAUUUCCAUGGAAGAGAACGCGAAGUUGUUCGCGGUUGAUUGCAAGUUUGAGACAAUUCCAAUGUCUGCCCAUGAAGCUUUGCCACAGGCUCUUUCGGUUCCACAUUAGUGGUUUUAAUUUGAAUGUUUGCUGAUGAUGCAAAUGCUAAAUAUUUCAAAAUUGUUAUCUUCAACAAUAAAAUAUUUUUGAUAUUUUUUAGUCUGAUCUGAAGUGGCUGACAAAUAGUCUAAUGGUUGAGCCAUCUCAACUUACAUCUUCAUUUACCCCAUAAAUUCAGUGUAGUAGCAAAUAGAUGUAUUUUUUGAGGUAUAGAAGCUUAAAAUCCUUUAUAUUA